AUAUGCCUCAUGACUAGUAAUCUGCCCUGGGUCAAACUUCAGAAAAGUAGCAGUAGGAAUGAGCCUGAAUGAGUAGAAAGAUGUAAGACUAGCUGCAUCCUGGACUUCAUUCAGAGGCCAAACCAGGUUCAAAAGGGAAUUGUGAGGAAGGUAGUCAAUAUAAGGGCCUAAUAUUCGAAAAGUAGUAACAUACACACACACGAACACACCAGCUGUUAGCUAUAUGCUGCUCCAUAUGUUCUCUGUUUUGCUCUUUAGCUGUUUUAUAUAUUUUCAUCCUUAAAAACAAUUUUAAAGCCUCCUCACUCCUCACUUUUGAGAAUGAACCAAGCAAAUUAAGAGGAAGCUACUAUUGGUCCUCCACAACCCCAUCAACUAGGCGUUUGUCCCAUGCCACGGUCCUAUACCAGUCUCCAAGGUAUCCCCAUAAAGAAUCACCUUAGCCGCAAAGAAUCAGGCUUGAACAGGGAAGUUGAGGUCUCAGGCCAAUGGAACCUUAAAACCGCGUCUGAGGCAGCAUGGAGUCGGGACCAGAAAACGGAGAGCGCACCCAGCUUAAGACUUCCGCCCCGCAGAGGACUUGCCUCCACCUCUUCCCUCCACUUCCGCCCAGCUUUAGUUCUGCGCAGUCUCUUGGAAUUUUUUGUUGUCUCUAUGGCAACCGUGUAGCUGGAGCCUGAAGAUGGAGCCCAACGAAUCUACAGAGGGAUCGCCGUCGCGAUCUUUAGACGUACAACCCUGCGCCGAAGAACUAGGGACUGUUUCGGAACCGUUUCUUUCUUCACAUGGCCAUGCAUCAGCCCUGGCAUCCGCAACCACUGCAGCUGAUGCAGCUGCAUCAGCUGCCGCAGCCGCCGCCUCCGCCAGAGCAGCUGCAUUAUUUACAGAGACCCCAGCGCCCUAUUCUAGGUUCACAGAGCCCUCCUCUGACAAUUUUCUUGGGGCAGUCUAUGCUGGAACCCCACAAAUAGGCCGUGAAAGUCUUGGCUUUGACCCUGACUAUGUUUCCUCUACUGCUAGGCAUCCCUAUACUACAACUGACCUUAGCUCUAGCGCUGCUCCUGUUCCUGGCUUCAGCUCUGACCCUUUAACUGGUUCCAGCUCCAGCCCUGUCCCCGGUCCUGGCUUCCGUGGCUAUAGUUCUUUCCCUGGCUCCAGUUCUGUUCCUGACCAUGGUUUAGUCCCUAGUUCUGGCACUGGUCCUGGAAGUGGCUCUAGCCCCGGCUUCCUCACUGGUCCUGGCCCUGGAACUAUCCCUCCCUCUGGCCCUGGCACUAUCCUUCCCUCUGGCCCUGGCACUAUCCCUCCCUCUGGCCCUGGCACUAUCCCUCCCUCUGGCCCUGGCACUAUCCCUCCCUCUGGCCCUGGCACUAUUCCUCCCUCUGGCCCUGCCACUAUCCCUCCCUCUGGCCUUGCCACUAUCCCUUGCUCUGGCCUUGCCACUAUCCCUCGUUCUGACACUGGUCAUGGCCAUACCUCUGGCCAAGGCUUCGGUCCUGCCUCAGGUACUGAUCCUGCCUCUGGAGCUGGUCCAGGUUCUAGCUCUGGCCCUGAGCCUAGGCCCAGCACUCCUCAAAGGUUCAAAAACCUUAGGUCAGAUCUUUUUCCUAAUUAUACCUCCUGGAAUCAAUACUGCCACUGGGAUCCUCAGAAACAACCACCUUGGGAAUCUUUGCAAGUCUCAGAACCUGGUGCCCGAGGGCUGUGGAAAACCCGAGAAGAUGAAGGGAAGCCUAAGUUUCUCUAUGAAACAAUGCCACGGGGCCAGUGCCUCCUCUACAACUGGGAGGAAGAGAGAGCUACAAACCACCUGGAUCAAGUUCCAAACUGGCAGGAUAUCUCUGAGAGUUUCUUCUUCCGACAUGGACACCAGGGACUGCUGACCACCCAACCACCUUCACCCAUGCCCUCGAGUACCACCCAGAAGGAUUCAUACCAGCCCCCAAGAAACCUUUCUCAGCCUCUUCAAGGGAAGCGUGAAGCCAUGGUGGAGAUGCUCCUGCACCACCAGAUCUGUAAAGAGGUACAGGCAGAUCUGGAACCCAUAAAGAAGCCCUUUAAGGCGGAGUCAGUGACACACCAUGACUACAGAAUGGAGCUGAUGCAAGGAGGGCCUCCUGCCCCAACGAAGCCUCAUGAUUAUCGUCAGGAACAGCCUGAAAGCUUCUGGAUUCAGAGGGCACCGCAGUUACCGGGUGUCAGUAACAUCAGGACACUGGACACACCAUUCCGGAAGAACUGCAGCUUCUCAACACCAGUGCCCUUGUCUCUGGGACAGCCUUUGCCCUAUGAACUUGAGAAUUAUCCCCACCAAUUAGGGGAAAUGUCUUCCCUGGCCUGUCAGAGAGAAGGGCAGGGGCAUCCAGGGGGCAGAAUGGGUCCUGUGUAAAAGUUGAAGGGGGAAGUUGGAUAUGGAAUUUGGAAUCUGUUUCUGCUUAUAUCAGAGAGGUGAGCAGAAGGAAGUUAAUUCCCUCUGUACUUGAUGAAGGAGCUUUACAUAAAGGUUCUUCAUCCUGAGACUGCUAA